GAAGAGCGAAGGCAACGCGCGCCCGGAUCCUCGAUCCCGCCAUAACAUCACCGCUCGCUCCUUGCCUUCCAGGAAGGGAAGAAGGCCGAGCCUAACGCUCUUUCCUAGAGAGGCGAGACGUUCUGGGAAAGGAUAAACUGAGCAUGCGCCGUAAAGCUUCGCUUUUAAAGCUUGAGCGGAGGCCUGGAAGUGAGGGUCGCCUAAAAAAAAAAAAAAGGAAGAAAGAAAAAGCCCUUGCCUCUCUAGGAAGAGCACUCUCUCGCCCUCAUGCAGUGGUACCUGCAGACAAAGAGGGAGCGAGGCUGAGUGGCGGCUCUUCCUUUCACCAGCAAAAAAAAAAAAAAAAAAAAAAGCGAGGAAGCCUAAUUGCAAAUCCCCCACCAAAAAAAAAAACGGGUUUAACCAGGAAGGCUGGGAAGGGGCUGUUGAGUGUUGGGAGAAGGAUCCCUUUGCCCCCCCCCCCCGCCUUCCAGCGUGAAAAUAGGUGGGGAAGCCCUGGACAUCAUCCUCAUUGGCUAUCCUGCAGAUCCCCGGGUGGAUCUCGGCACCUGCAGCGAUCCGGAGAGAUUGGAAAGCGCCUGCGCCCUCGUUCCGCAAGUGGCCCGUUUUCUGAUCCUGGCUGGAGGGUCCUGGGGUGGGUUGGGGGGUUGGGGGAGUGGGACUUCUGGCUGGCGCGUUUGCUCAGAGGGGAGACAAAUUGACGUUUGGAUUGCAGUUCUUGGUUGGUUUUGGAUUUGGAAGAGGAAGGUAUCUGAUCCUGCCUGUGAUGUCUCUUGGGAAGAUAAAUCACGGAGAGAAUAUUUCUGAGGCUAUUCUAGAGUUAUCUUCAUGAGAGUUGGACUGUUAUAAAUUGAAGUGGAAUUAAGGAGGAACUUCCUAAGAGCCAGGGCAAUUAACCAGUGGAACAGCUUGCCUUCGGAAAUUGUGGGGUUUUAAGAGGUUUUUAAGAAAAGACUGAACAGCCACCUGUCUGAAAUGGUAUAGGGUGGUCUCCUGCUUGAGCAGGGGGUCGGACUAGAAGACCUCCAAGGACCCUUUCCAGCUCUAUUCUGAUUGAUGGAUUGAAAGUCACUUUGUGGACAAGUGACUUGACUAGGUAGAAUGGAACUCCAAUGGUCUUCAGGGAGAGGAGCUGCCAAAACCUGGGAGCCUGUCAUGUGGCCUGGAAGCAGAGGGGACUUUGGGGGAAGUGGCAGCCCAAGAUGCAUCCCCAAGGGUCCCUGCAGCUCCGAGGCUGAGAGCUGUGCCCAGGCGGUGGCCGUGGCCGAAGGCUGCCUGUUCGGCCCUGCAGCCCCCGAGGAGCUGGCAAAGGAGCAGAUACAGGAACUGUUCAUGGAGGAGAUCUCAGUAGACUCCCAGGGAAGAGGAGAUCAACCCAGUCCUUCUCGAGAGCUUUUCAGGAGGAUCUCACAAGAAGACCCACAUCAGGUCGCUUCCUCAUGGCAGGGAAGAACAUUAAUGGAAACCCCUGAAAUGAUACCUGUUUGUGAUGGAGCCGAAGUAGCAUGUGUGCAUCCAAUUCAGGGCUUCAUAUCCUUUGAGGAAGUGGCUGUGGACUUCACGCUGGAGGAAUGGGCACUACUCAGUUGGAGCCAAAGAACCUUGUGGAGGGAGGUCAUGCUAGAGAUUUCCCUGAAUAUAGCCACUCUGGCAGGUGAUAGGCAGAGCAAUGAGAAUGACAAGCAGCCAAGGUUAGUACCACUGCAAACAGCCGAGUAUGAAGUUGAAGAAGUGAUGUUUGGCCAUCAAGGGGGCCCAGAAAGCCAAGAGAAAAGCAACACAGAAGAUGGAGGCGAGAGUUCUCCCACUUCUCUCCCCUUUGAAACCCAUCACUUCCUAAUCCAGGAAGUUCAGGAAGAAAACACAAAUGGAAAAUAUGUCGGAUGGGGCCAAAGAAAGAAAAACACAUUUAAUUUACAUGAAUAUUGUAGAAGCCAGGCUAAAAGGAAAGAGUAUGGUUGCAGGCAAUAUGGAAGAAAUCUUAAUACUUUCUUCUCCCUUGGUUUACCCAAAAAACUCUACAGGAAAUACAAACCACAUACAUUUAUAAAAUUUGGGAGGGGUUUUACUCUGAGCACUUACGUUAAUUCCCAUGAAGAAUUUCACACAGAGGUGAAGCUGUGGAAAUGCAUCUACUGUGGAAAGAGCUUCAGUACAAACAGUAACCUCCUUCGCCAUCAAAUGAUCCACACAGGUGAAAAGCCAUAUGAAUGCCUGGAGUGCGGCAAGAGAUUCAUUGAGAACAGAGACCUUACUCGUCAUAGAAGGAUCCACACAGGGGAGAAACCAUAUGACUGCAUAGUGUGUGGAAAGGCCUUCAGAACAAACGGUCAUCUGACCCGCCAUCAAAAGAUCCAUUCAGGUGAAAAACCAUAUAAAUGCAUGGACUGUGGGAAGAGCUACAUUGAAAGCAGAGAUCUUACUUGUCAUAAAAGGAUCCACACGGGGGAGAAGCCAUACAAAUGCAGAGAGUGCGGAAAGAGCUUUCCUCGGAAUAGUGCCCUGAUUUGCCAUCAAAAAAUCCACACGGGGGAAAAACCUUAUAAAUGCAUGGAAUGUGAGAAGAGCUUCAUUAAGAAAGGACAACUUAUUUCCCAUCAGAGGAUCCACACAGGUGAAAAACCAUACAAGUGUAUGGAAUGUGGAAAGAGCUUCAGUAGAAACAAUAAUCUUACAUCCCAUCAAAGGAUUCACACGAGGGAAAAACCGUACAAAUGUAGGGAGUGUGGAAAGAGUUUUAACUAUAACAGUGGCCUUUCUCGCCAUCAGAGGAAACACACGGGUGAGAAGCCGUAUAAAUGCACAGAGUGCGGGAGGACUUUCAUUCAGAAAGGACAACUUAUUUCCCAUCAAAGGAUCCAUACAGGUGAGAAGCCGUAUCAAUGCAUGGAGUGCGGAAAGACCCUCAGUAGCAAGAGUGCCAUUGCCUACCAUCGAAGAAUCCACACCGGGGAGAAACCCUAUAAAUGCGCGGAGUGUGGGAAGACCUUUAUUCAGAAAGGGCAACUUAUUUCCCAUCAAAGAUUGCACACAGGGGAGAAACCAUAUAAAUGCAUGGAGUGUGGAAAGAGCUUCAGUAGUAGCAGUGCCGUUACCUACCAUCAAAGAAUCCACGCUGGUGAGGAAACAUAUAUUCACACAUGGUGUUUCUCCGCACUUUCCUCUUCCUUCUUUUCCAUGUGGCUGUAUUCCUAUACAGCUACAAAUACUCUCCUUUAUUGGGACCCAUCACGCCCGGCUCUUUCGCCUUUCUCCACACCAUCCCAUUCCCAACCGCCCGAGUCUCGACCUCUCAGCGACUUUGUCAACGUUGGCGGAGAAGGGCGCAUGCGCAGAUCUUUGACAGCCUUCGAUGCCGAGCAGAGGACAGGAGAGGCGGCGGCGUCGGAGGGAGUUUCCUCCCGUCGGGGCUGCGCUGAAGCCGGGGACCGAAUGGAGGCCCGGGGGUCUCCCCUUCAGACGGGGAGCGCCGGCGCCGGCGAGGAGUCCGGCGGGGGAAGCGGCCUCCCCGAGGGUCCCCGUAGCUCCGAGGCCGAGCGCUGGCGCUUCCGCAGCUGCGUCUCCCGGGAGGCCGAGGGGCCCCGGGCGCUUUGCAGCCGCCUGUACGGGCUGUGCCGGGGGUGGCUGCGGCCCGAGCGGAGCAGCAAAGCCGAGAUGCUGGACCUGGUGGUGCUGGAGCAGCUGCUGGCCCUGCUGCCCCCGGAGCUGGCGGGCUGGCUGAGGGAGUGCGGGGCGGAGAGCUGCGCCCAGGCGGUGGCCCUGGCCGAAGGCUGCCUCCUCGGCCCCGCAGCCGCCCCGGAAAAGCUGGCAAAGGGCCGGCAGAUGCAGGAGCUGUUCACAAGGGAGAUCUCAACAGACCUGCAGGAAAGAGAAGAUAAAUCCAGUCCUUCUCAAGAGCUAUUUUUCAGGAGGAUCCAACUUGGGCCACCUUGCCAGGACUUUAAUUCCUUUGAAGAGGUGGCUGUGGACUUCACAGAGGAGGAAUGGGCACUAUUGGAUCCCAGACAGAGGGCUUUAUGCAGUGAAGUCCUGCUGGAGGUUUCUAGGAAUAUGGCUGCUCUGACAGGUGAUGGGCUGGAGAAUGAGAAUGACAAGCAGGCGAGAUUAAUGCCACUCCAAACAACAAAGCACGAAGUAGAAGAAAUAAUGUUUGACUAUGAAGGGGAUCCAAAAAGUCAAGAGAGAAGACACUCAGAAGACAUGGGGGACAGUUCCCCCACUUCUCUUCCUGUUGAAAUUCCUGGCUUCCUGAACCAACAAGGUCAGAAAGGGAAGAAAAAGGGAAAAUCCAGCAAAAGGGAGGAAAAUAAUUUUGAUUUGCCCGAGUAUAGCAGAAGUCAGUCUAAAAGCUUUAUAAAUUAUGGAAAAUACAUCAAUAAUUUCUUCUCUCUUACUUUACUUAAGAAACUGAAUAAGAAAUACAAAUCACAUACAUUUAUAAAAGUUGGUAACAGUUUCAAUUUGAGCAGAGAUAUGAACCUGUGCAUGAAGUCUGGAAAGAGCUUCACUAUCAACAGUAUUUUUAAUCACCAUCAGAGGAUCCACAAAGGGGAGAGAACAUAUAAAUUCAUGGAGUAUGGAAAAAGCUUUUGUCAGGAUAGAAUGCUUACGCAUCAUAAAAGGAUCCACACAGGCGAAAGAUCAUAUAAAUGCCUAGAGUGUGGAAAGGGAUUUACUCGGAAAGGACAUCUUACUUGUCAUGAAAGGAUCCACACAGGAGAAAAACCUUAUAAGUGCACUGAGUGUGGAAAAGCCUUCAGAACAAAUGGUCAUCUGAUUCGUCAUAACAGGAUCCACACAGGGGAGAAAACAUAUACUUGCAGGGAAUGUGGAAAGCGAUUCAUUGAGAAUAGAGAUCUUAUUACCCAUCAAAGGAUCCACACAGGGGAGAGUCUAUAUAAAUGCCCUGACUGUGGAAAGAGCUUUACUCAGAAAGGACAGCUUAAUUCCCAUCAAUGGGUUCACACAGGGGAGAAACCUUAUAAAUGCCCAGAGUGUGGAAAGGGUUUCAGUACAAACUGUAAUCUGGCUCGCCACCAAAAGAUCCACACAGGGGAAAGACCAUAUAAAUGCCUGGAGUGUGGAAAGAGCUUUUUUGACAAUAAAGAUCUUACUCGCCACCAAAGGAUCCACACAGGAGAUAAACCGUAUAAAUGCCUGGAAUGUGGAAAGAGCUUUGCUCAGAAAGGACAACUUAAUUCCCAUAAAAGAAUCCACACUGGUGAGAGACCAUAUAAAUGUAUGGAGUGUGGAAAGCAGUUCACUCAGAAAGGAAAUCUUACUGAUCAUGAAAGAAUCCACACAGGGGAGAAACCAUAUAAAUGUAUCGAAUGUGAAAAAAGCUUUGCUAAGAAAGGACAGCUUAAUUCUCAUAAAAGGAUCCACACAGGGGAGAGACCACAUAAAUGCAUGGAAUGUGGAAAGAGCUAUUUCGAUCAGAGAGACCUUACACGCCACCUAAGAACCCACACAGGGAAUAACCCAUAUAAAUGCCUAGAAUGGGAAAAGACCUUGAUUGUCAACAGAGAUCUUAUUUGCCAACAAAGUAUCCACACAAGGGAGAGACCAUAUAAAUCAAUUGAGUGUGAAAAAGAUUUUAAUGACUACAGCAUCUUUACAUCUCAUAAAGAGAUCCACACAGGAGAAAAUGGAAUGUGGAACACGCUUCAUUGAAAAUUGUGCGCUUAGUUCUUGUAAAAAGUUUCAUACAGAAAAAAAUCAUAAAUCCAUGGAAUGAGCUUCAUUUGAAACAGUCGACUUACUCAUCAAAGGAGCCAGACAUGGGAGGAAACUUCUUAUUGUAUGCAAUGUGCAAAGAUCUUUGGUUUGAAUCAGAAUCUUACCUACCUUCCAAGUAUCCCCACAGGAAAAUAUCUAAGUGCUCGCAUGCGGUAAGAGCUGAAAAUGAAUCAGCGGUCUUACUAGUAUGAUCAUACUGGGGAGUUAUGGAAAUGUACAGGAGAAUGCGUGUAUCAGUAAAGUGCACCAUUGUCUCACUCAUACUUUCAGCACAUAUUUUAUUUGUGAGACAUGGAGAACAUAUUAUCUCUUUAAAAGCUGGUUACCUCAGGGCUUGAGUGCUUGAUCUGUGGUCAAAUGACUGUAGAAAAUUGUCAUGAUAAUGAGUUGUGGAAGAUGGAACAACAGAAAAACUAUAUAGCUGAAGGAGGUGAACAGGUAUAUUUUCUCAAUUUCAAUCAGAAUAGAGCUGGAAGGGACCUUGGAGAUCUUCUCGUCCAGCCCCUGCUCAAGCAGCUGAUCCUAUACCAUUUCAGAUAGAUGACUGUUCAGUCUUUUCUUAAAAACCUCCAGUGAUGAAGCACCUAUAACUUCUGAAGGCAAGCUGUUCCACUGGUUAAUUGCCCUCACUGUUACGAAGGUUUUCCUUAAUUCCAAGUUGCUUGUUGAUUAGUUUCCAUCCAUUGUUUCUUGUCUUGCCUUCUGAUGCUUUGGAAAAUAAAUUGACCCCCUCUUCUUUGUGGCAGCCCCACAAAUAUUGGAAUACUGCUAUCAUGUCACCCUUAGUCUUUCUUUUCUCUAGACUGGCCAUACCCAAUUCCUGCAACCAUUCUUCAUAUAUUUUUGUCUCCAGGCCCUUAAUCAUCUUAGUUGCUGUUUGCACUUUCUAUUUUAUUUUAUUUUACUAAUAUUUUAUUUUCCCUAAGGAAAGAGGUUCAUGCACUUCAGGACUUCUGAGGGGAUCUGCCUAAGGUUGAAAUGUUAAAAUGGAAAAUUACUUAUAUAUCCCAUUUUAACAUUUCAACCCAUUCAACUCAUGUUUUUAUAAUCCAAGUGACCUUGUCCAAACAAUGAUUCCCCCUCUGAUUUUACCGUUUUCCAAAUUGUGAAAUUUGGAAAAUGAAUUUGUUCCGUGAUUUCUCAAUGGCAUCUGUCUUGGGCAAUCAACAGUCCACAAAAAGAUUAAGGAAUUCAGAAAACUGAUGGCUUGUUUGAUUUUCUUAAUUUACCUAAAAAAAUCCUAUACAACAGAAAUUGCCUACAUUUAUAACAUUUAGAAUGCAUUUAAAUCUGAAGAGUUGUGUUAAUUUCCAUUAAAGAUUUCAGAGACAGGCAGGAACUGUAGAUUAUGUAAAUUGUAGAAAGAACUUGAUUAUAAACAGUACUCCUACUUGCAAACAAAUGCACACAAAUGAGAAACCAUAGGAAUACUGUUAAAUUCCAAGAGUACUUACUGCUGAAAGACUUUGCACACAACUAGGAGUCCUCUCAAAAUUAUGACUUCUAUUCAAAGCGCAGGUGGCAGCUUUGGCUAAGAGGACCUUUGAACAGCUUAUUGUAUUUUGUGCCAAUUGUGGCUAUUCCUGGAUCAGGAGACUCUGCUUACAGUCACUCAUGCCCAGAUGAACUAAUAUAAUGAGUUCUACACAGAGCUGCCCUUCGGCAUCCAGAGGUAUCAGCUAAUACAAGAUAUGAUGAUGUAGGCAGUUAUGCAGCAUAUGUUACACCUCUGCUCCAUAAGUUGCAUUAGUUGCUGGUUUGAUUCUAUCCAAUUCAAGGUGCUGUUUUUGACCUUUAAAGGCCUUCAGGGUAUGAAGCUGGGUUACGUGAGGGACCCCUUCUUCCUGAGUAUAUCUGCCUAUCAGAUCUGGCAGAUGUGUGUUGUGGAUCCUCUCUGUUAAGGAUCCUUGUUACAUGUGGCAGGACUAAGGAGAUGGGCCUUCUCUGCCUUGGCACCCAUCCUUGAUCUCCUUUUGGAAGUCCCUCAAAACAACAUGGCUAUGUCAACAGAUUUCGGGAAUCUCAAAAGACUGUUGAACCAGCAAAGUUGCUGUAUUCCUUAUAAUAUUGAAUCCUUUUUCCUAGUCUUAAUAAUAAUAUUGAACUUUUUAAAAUUGUAGAAUGUUUGUUAUUGUAUCAGUGUCAUGUUUUGGGAAAUGGUCAACUAUAAUAAAUGAGGAAUGAAGGAAUGAAUGAUUCACACAGGAGUGAAACCUUAUAAAUGCAUGGAAUGUAGAAAAGCUUUCUUUGAAGAAUUGCUACAUUAAAGCCUCAGAGUUGCUGAUGUGUUAAGAAAAGAAAAUCCAAACCAGAAGUCAAUUAUAGUGGGAACUGGAAAAUUGAAUAUAGAAAAGCUCAGUGCAGUAAAAGAUGAAACAAAACAAACACUGGAAACCACUUAUGGAUUAUUUGCAUAAAAAAAUAAAUGAGUUUGUGAUUUAUUGUUUUGAUGAUUAGAUAGAUAUAUGGAAAGAAAAGUGUCAUACUGUAUCUUGGAGAUAAAGGCUACAAUAUAAUUGUAUUUACAACCUGUGAAGAAUGUUUUUUUAUAUAUUUUUUUUCCUACUCACACUUUGAGCUUUUUCUGUUAUUUCUCCCCCUUUUCUGUUCUAAAUCAGUUUCUAUUAUUGCUUUUAAAACUUUUAAUAAAAAGUAUAUUACAAAAACA